AAUAUGGGAAAAACUUACGGAUAAACAAGAACUAGAUAUAAAAUCCAACCAAAGAGUUCAUCAACUUCAGUCAAACGUUGACCAUCAUGUCGUUAAGGUGGUUUGUGACCGUCUGCUUAUUUUUUACUGCACAGUCCGCAGUAGUAAAAAGCAGAAAUAUACCCGUUGAAGUAGUAUACGACGGGGGUGAUCCACUUUAUUACGGGAACAGAAAUUUAGACGCAAAAAUACAAUUAUCUGCUGAUGAAUUGUUGAAAUUAAAACUGAGUGAUGAUAUUAUCAAUGAAGGACAAGAAGAUGUUGUUGAAGCGGAAGUCGCUGAAGUGAUCCCCGAAGUCCAAGGCAAUCCCUAUGGGGUGAGAAAUUUAGAUGCAAAAGUUCAGCUUUCGCCAGAAGAACUUGGACAAGCGGUUAAGUUUUUACCAAACACUGUUGAAAAUGAAGACGUUGACCAGGAGAUAAAAUCAAAUCUGAAUGAAAAUACCGAACAGCCAGUUAAAUCACAGCAAAAUACCGAACAACAAGCUAACCCACAACAAAAUAACAAAGAAGUUGCUAAACCAGUAGAAAAUAAUGCAUUUGCAAUGUUACAGCAAGCUGAAAAUAUAGCAUAUUUUGGCAUAAAUUCGAUCAGAAAUAAUAUUGAAAAGGCAUCGGAAAAUCUCGCUAAUGCAAAACCGAGUGCAGAAACAUGGGAAAAAUUAAAUCAGACUUUAGAAAAAUUCUUCAAAGAUCAAUACAGAAGUGUUAAUCUAAAAGAUGAUGCUGCUGGAACAAAUGAGAAUACUAACGUUAAUAAUAAUGAAAAUAAUGUAAGCAAUCAAAAUCAAUUUUUUGAAAAUUUUGUACAAAAUUUUCAAACAACCGUGACUAAUUUUUUCAACAAUUUCCAACAAAACAACAAUCAAAAACCGCCUGGAUCGGAAGAUGAACAGCAAAAUCAGCAAAACGUGUUCCAAAACUUCUUCAAUGGAAUUGGUGCCAUUGUAACUAGUAUGAACAACUUAAAUGGCCAAAAUGGUCAGAAUACUACCAGUGGACAAGAAGACACCGGAGUGGCCCAAGGAGGUGGUUCAAAUUUCUUCAUUGAUGUCUUUAAUUCAAUUCAAAAUUUCGUCGCCGGUCAAUCGAAUCAAGGUAACAACCCGUCACAGUCCGCUAAUGCCAAUCAAAGUGACACAGGAGUUCAGCCUCCUUCGAACCAAGGUCCGGGGGGAUUUUUCCAAGGCGCGAUUAACCAAUUUCAAGGAAUUAUUAGCAACUUCCAGCAAACAACAAGCACCAAAGCACCAGUCCAAGGUGAUGAGGGCACUGGUCCUUCUUCAACAACUCAAUCUUCAAUUUUCGGAGGUAUCAACCAAAUCUUUCAAGGAGGAAGCGGUGGAUCGAAUCCUUUCGUAAGUGGCGUGCAGAAUGUUGGUAAUCAGUUCGGCCAGGCUCUCGGAGGCCAGAAUGGUUCAAAUCCGUUUGUGUCUGGUCUUCAAAAUGCAACUAGUCAGUUUGGCCAACUAGGAGGUCAAAAUGGUUCUAAUCCGUUUGUGACUGGUCUUCAGAAUGCAGGAAAUCAAAUUGGUCAACUGGGAGGUCAAAAUAGUUCGAAUCCGUUUGUUAGUGGUCUUCAGAAUGCAGGAAAUCAAAUUGGUCAGUUAGGAGGUCAAGGCAGUGGUGGGCAAGGAGGUUCAAAUCCGCUGGUAGAGAAUAUACAGAAUUUCGGAAAUCAAAUUGGCCAGUUUGGAGGUGGAGGGUCCACUGCUGCCGCUGCAAGUACUGAGAAGAGUAAAAUUAGCAAUGAAAAUGAUGAACAGGUUAAUCCUUUACCUACAAUAGCGUCAACGGAGAAUUUGAAAGAAGAGAUGAAAACUGAAAAGUAGGAUAAUUAGAAAUGAAAAAAAAUAACAAAUUUUAUUGUUAGAAUAAAUUUUAAGCGGCGCAAUGCGGACGCAAUGUAUUUAUUUUUAUUUAUUGAACACAUUUCUUCUUUUUGUAUAAUGACUGUCGGUAUUUUAUUAUAAAUUGUAUAUCUAAUACACAAAUAAAUAAAUAAUAAUA